UUGGAAUAACAAUUCUAAGUUUUUUUCUUUUCUCUUGUCUCUCAUCUCUUUGUCCAUGAUAAUGCUCAUGAAAGUUAACAUAAAGAAAGCUCGCAAAUAAUUGACUAAUAAGGAAAUAAGUACUCCUAAUCUUGAAAAUUCCCAGAUCAAGACGAAUCAUAUCAUUUUCUAUGUUUGUCUCUUUCUUAACCUUCUGCCCCUUUUAUUUGAUUCCCUUGACUUUUCAUGAUUCAUGAAUGAUAUGAAUUGUAAUUAUACCUUCAACCUUAAAAAUUGUGCAGUACACUGAUAACCCUUUUCAUCAUUCACUCUAUUUAUUCUCAUUUAAGUGAUAAUUUUAUUCAUUAAUUCAUCCAUUUAUUUGAAAGUUCAAUCCUUUCUUCAUUAGAUGGAUUUGGGUCAGAAAGAAAAACAACCCCAAAAUCUGUCCAAAUUAAGGUACAAUUCCCCUUUAAUUCAAGUCAUUCUUAUUGGUUUAGUAUGUUUUUGCUGUCCAGGUAUGUUCAAUACACUUUCCGGCAUGGGAGGUGGUGGUCAAGUUGAUCAUACAGCAGCCAACAAUGCUAAUACAGCUCUAUACACAACAUUUGCAGUUUUUGGCAUUUUGGGUGGUGGAAUUUACAACAUUUUAGGCCCUAGAUUGACUUUGCUUAUUGGGUGUUCGACAUAUGUCUUGUAUGCUGGCUCAUAUGUGCAUUAUAAUCACCACCAUUCUCAAACUUUUGUUAUUAUUGCUGGUGCUCUUUUGGGUAUUGGUGCAGGUUUGUUGUGGGCUGGACAAGGAGCUAUUAUGACUUCUUAUCCUACAACUAAAAGAAAAGGUACUUAUAUUAGUCUGUUUUGGAGUAUUUUCAAUAUGGGUGGAGUUAUUGGUGGGUUAAUUCCAUUUAUAUUAAAUUAUAAUAGGGGUGAGGCUUCAUCUGUUAAUGAUGGGACUUAUAUUGGAUUUAUGUGUUUUAUGGGUUUUGGUGGGAUUCUUUCAUUAGCCAUUUUACCACCCAAUGAAGUGAUUAGAGAUGAUGGUAGUGUGUGUACCCAUAUCAAGUACUCUAAUGUGGGUAUAGAAGUUGUUGAGAUCUUAAAGUUGUUCAUGAAUUGGAAGAUGUUGUUGAUUGUGCCUGCUGCUUGGGGGAGCAAUUUUUUCUAUACUUAUCAGUUUAAUAAUGUUAAUGGGGAAUUGUUUAAUUUGAGGACUAGAGGGUUUAAUAAUGUGUUCUAUUGGGGGGCUCAAAUGGUGGGUUCUAUUGGGAUUGGAUACUUGAUGGAUUUUAGUUUUCAGAGUAGGAGGAAGAGGGGUUUUCUUGGGAUUAUGAUUGUUGGUUUUCUUGGGACUGCUAUUUGGGGUGGUGGUCUUGCUAAUCAGCUAAGGUAUUCAAGGAAUCAUGUUCCUGAUAAGCUGGAUUUUAAGGAUUCAGGUGCUUCUUAUGCUGCUCCCUUCCUGUUGUAUUUCAGCUAUGGUUUGUUAGAUGCCAUGUUCCAAAGCUUGGUUUACUGGGUUAUUGGCGCUCUUGCUGAUGAUUCUGAGACACUAAGCAGGUACAGUGGCUUCUACAAGGGAGUGCAGAGUGCAGGGGCAGCAGUUGCUUGGCAAGUAGAUGUGCACAAUGUCUCAUAUCUGAACCAACUGAUUAUCAACUGGGAUCUGUCUCCUCAUUGCAUCCAUGCCACUUAUUAUACCCUCUCCGUCUUUGUGUUUGCACCAUAUGACUCAAAAAGCUCUCACAAAUCUGAAUCAUAUGGUGUAAACUCAAAGGGACUGAAGGAGUAAUAUUUACUUUGAAAAAUUGAAAGUGCCCCUAAAGCAGCUCUGAUCAAAUUGCUGUGUGCACAUUUUCUCUUGUUGAUACUUUAUUCGACGUCUUGAAGACCAUAAAAGGUUGAUUGAACUUCUAAUUACUUCUGUUUUUCCAGCCUUCUUGAAUGUUGAAAGGGAUAGGGUUAAUACUUCCAUUUUUCUAGAUCUCCUGAAAGUUGAAUAGAUAGGUUCACAUAUAGAAUAUUGAUGUAGUUUGCUGUUGAAUCAAGGUUUUUUUAAGUUGCAGGUGCUGUAUUUGCUUAUGGCAGUCUCUUCUGCCACAAGGCGGAUGCGUACAUGUUUGGCAAAACUGGAUGGAUGUUUGGCAAAAGGGAAGUUUUUUCCUCCAUCUGAAUCUCUUUUCUUCAAUUUUGACUUAAACAACUCAUCAAAUCAUGUGCAUUUCAUGACUAUGUGAGUUUGCAGUUGAUGUUUGCUAUUAAAAAUCCAUUAAAAACAA